AUGGCUUCGGCCGUCUUCGAGGGCACGUCCCUGGUCAACAUGUUCGUCCGGGACUGCUGGGUGAACGGAGUCCGGAGACUGCUCAUCAGCUCGCGGGGUGACGAGGAGGACUUCUUCGAGAUUCGCACCGAGUGGUCGGACAGGAACGUCCUCUACUUGCACCGCAGCUACUCGGACCUUGGCCGGCUCUUCAGGCGCCUCAACGACUCGUUUCCCGAGGACAGAAGAGACCUGUCCGCUUCGCCACUCACCGAAGGCCUACUGAAAAUCAAAGAAGCAAUCGACAUUGAGGAAAAGCUCAAUGAGGUGGAAAGACUGCUAAAGAACGCCAUUAACAUGCCCUGCAAGUAUUCCAGAUCCGAGGUGAUGCUAACUUUCUUCGAGCGCUCGCCACUGGACCAGGUUCUCCGGAAUGACAAGGUGCACAGAAUUCAGCCUUGUUUCCAGAGCCCGGUCAAGAUUUCAGAGAUCAUGCGCUCAAACGGCUUCUGCCUAGCGAAUACAGAAACCAUCGUGUUCGAUCAUAAGCUCCCAGACGAGAAAGAGAGACCUUCUUCUACUGACUCCAUGGAGCACACGUACGACGAUGGACUGGAGUUCAUGCCGAUGCAGCUGGACGUGUGCGACGAAGAGACGGAGGCCUACGUUACCAACUUGUCCUACUACCAUUUGGUCCCGUUUGAGACGGACAUCUUGGAAUGA